AUGUCAGUUGCUUGGAAAUUUUUCAUUAAAUGUCCAGAUGAUGUUUCGAAGGCGCAAUGUUCGGUUUGCAACAAAAAAGUUUGUAGAGGAGGUACUAAUUCUCGAGAUUUCACUACCUCAAACCUUAUUAAACACCUCAAAAAUAACCACAAUAAUGAGUUCAUGAAGGUAACAAAUAAAAGAAAAAGAAACUUAAAAGUAAACAAUGCUGUAUCUGAAGCAGAAUCUGAGGAAGAUACAGAAAACAAUGUUGCAAGUACUUCGAAGCAAAAUGUUGGUAUAACAAUUUGUAGUGAAAAAAAACAAGAAAACCUAGAUCCAAAAGCUAUGAAUAUAACUAAUCUGAUUGGAAAAAUGAUAGUUCAGGAUCAGUUACCUUUUCAUCAUAUAGAAAAACAAGGUUUUAAAAAUCUGAUGAAGUAUGUAGAACCUCGUUAUACUAUACCAGAUCGCACAACGUUUUCAAGGACUAUUAUUCCUGAUUUGUAUACUAAAGUGUCUCUUAAAGUGAUGGAACUAUUAAAAAAUGUGAAGUAUGCUUCAUUUACUUCUGACUUAUGGUCAUCCAACAACAAUACUGACUAUUUGUCCAUAACUUGCCAUUUUAUCAAUGAAGAAUUCGUCAGAGAGAACCUAUUAUUGGAAGUUAUACCAUUCAAGCCAAUUUUCCACACAAGUGAUGAAAUUUAUAUGUUUACCAUGGAAACAUUAGAAAAAUGGGGUAUUGAAGAAAAAAAAAUCCAUGUGAUUAAUGAUGUGAUAUGUAAGCAGAGGGAACAUGAAGCUUUGUUUAAAAAAGUGAGACAAAUAGUUGGACAUUUCAAACAUAGCAUUUCAGCAAAUAAAUUAUUAAAGAAUUACCAAAAACAAGAAAAACUGCCAGAACACAAAUUCAUUCAAGAUGUGACAACUAGAUGGAACAGCAAAUAUUUAAUGAUCAAUAGGUUUCUUGAACAAAAAAAAUGUGUGAUUGGCUUGGGUCCUUACAUACAUUUGAAUGUCUUUUUGACUAGCGAUGAAUGA